UCCAGAUAGUCUUGUCCAGUCUAGUGCAAGUGCAGACGAAAGAAAACAGAAAGAGGCAGCCAGGAAGUCGAGUCGCCACUCGCCAGCAAGAAUGUGCUUCGAGUUCAGCUCCUGUUUCGGCGGCGGCAGAAAGGACGACUACGGCGGCGAGCCGUCCAACCAUGCUGGCUGGGGCGGCCGUCGCCGCGGCCGCGGCCGCAGGGGGGACCGUGGGAACGACGCCUCCUACUACGGCGAAGCCGACCACCAGCCUGCCGUCAACGAGGCGGGUCGCAAGGCCCACCAUGAUGGCGGGCCGAAACCUGACCACGCCUCCGUCGUCGCUGCCGCCGGUGGCCACGGCUAUUACGCCGCCUACGCACCUGACAAGGCUCACGAGACGCCGAAGCUUCCUGCGUGGCACAAUAAGGUCGUCGACGACGCCGGCUACGCCCACAACACGGCGCGCCUCCGCCAUCAGGCUGCUCCUGAUAAUAGGGAGCACGCCGCCGUGGAUUACCACCACUACCACUCUCGUAAGGUACUAGCAUGGCAGUUCAUCAAUCAGUCCUUCACACUAAACACCGCCUCUGCUUUUCUACUCUGUCCGGUAGCUCUGUUUUUCUACUCUGCUUCUUCUCACCCGCUGAAACUGUAAAGGCGCCUGGAAUAGGGGGCUGUGGAUUUUGAUCAGGGCCUCCAUGUUUUUGUCAAUGGAUGUGCGGCACAAGUUCCAGCUGCAGGAAGCCUUUAUCAGUCGGUCUCC